AUGCCUUCCGUCGAGGAACCCAAGAACGAAGCACGUCUGCUUCUAGUCUCGAAUCGCCUGCCGAUCACAAUUAAGCGGUCUGACGAUGGAAAAUAUGAUUUCUCAAUGUCAUCAGGAGGCCUAGUCAGUGGUUUGAGUGGUUUGUCAAAAUCAACCACCUUCCAAUGGUACGGCUGGCCUGGGCUGGAGGUGCCCGAGCCCGAGAUCCCCGUUGUCAAGCAACGCUUGAAGGAGGAAUAUGGUGCUGUGCCGGUCUUCAUUGAUGACGAGCUGGCUGAUAGACACUAUAAUGGAUUCUCCAACUCUAUCCUGUGGCCUUUGUUCCAUUACCACCCUGGUGAGAUCACCUUCGACGAGUCCGCUUGGGAGGCAUACAAGGAAGCCAACCGGCUCUUCGCAAAGGCUAUCGCCAAGGAAGUGCAGGAUGGUGAUCUGAUCUGGGUCCAUGAUUACCACCUGAUGCUUCUUCCGGAGAUGCUGCGCGAGGAGAUCGGCGAUAGCAAGAAGAACGUGAAGAUCGGCUUCUUCUUACAUACUCCUUUCCCUAGCUCUGAGAUCUACCGGAUUCUCCCUGUGCGAAACGAGUUGCUUUUGGGUGUGUUGCACUGCGACCUCAUUGGCUUCCACACUUAUGACUACACCCGUCAUUUCCUGAGCAGUUGUGCGCGUCUAUUGGGUCUUGCAACUACGCCGAAUGGUAUUGAGUUCCAGGGCAAGAUAAUCACAUGUGGAGCCUUCCCCAUUGGAAUUGACCCUGAGAAGUUCAAGGAAGGCCUGAAGAAGGAGAAGGUGCAGAAGCGCAUUGCCAUGCUGGAGCAGAAGUUCCAAGGUGUGAAGUUGAUGGUUGGCGUCGACCGUCUUGAUUACAUCAAGGGCGUACCGCAGAAGUUGCAUGCGCUUGAAGUCUUCCUCAGUGACCAUCCAGAAUGGGUCGGGAAGGUCGUUCUUGUACAAGUCGCUGUACCCAGUCGACAAGACGUCGAAGAAUACCAAAAUUUGAGAGCCGUGGUGAACGAAUUAGUUGGUCGGAUUAAUGGAAAAUUCGGCACGGUCGAGUUCCAACCUAUUCACUUCCUGCACAAGUCCGUCAACUUCGACGAGCUCAUUGCUCUCUACGCUGUAUCAGACGCCUGCAUCGUCUCAUCCACCCGCGACGGUAUGAACCUCGUGGCAUACGAGUACAUUGCCACACAACAGAAGCGCCAUGGAGUCCUAGUUCUCUCCGAAUUCGCCGGCGCAGCCCAAAGUUUGAAUGGCAGUAUCAUCGUGAACCCCUGGAACACGGAAGAACUAGCAGGCGCCUACCAAGAAGCCGUUACCAUGAGUGACGAACAACGCGCUCUCAACUUCGCCAAGCUGGACAGAUACGUCUCCAAGUACACCAGCGCAUUCUGGGGCCAGUCCUUUGUCACCGAGCUCAACCGCAUAUCAGCACAUUCCGCCGAGAAGUUCCAGUCAAAGAAACUAUCUACUGAAGAAGCGCACACAGAAGCCUAA